AUGACGCUCUACUACAGCCUUGUCUUUUGCCUUCUCGUACUUGAGAUGGGAGUGUUCAUGGGCUUGAUUGUGCCCCUCCCCUUCACCAUCAAGCGAAAGCUCUUCGCGUUCAUUUCCGAAAGUCCAAUCAUAGCAAAACUACAAUAUGGUUUGAGGAUAACGUUCAUAUUUAUCCUCAUCCUGUUCAUCGACAGCGUCAACCGGGUGUACCGGGUUCAACUGGAGGUGUCCGCCUUUUCUAAGGAGGGCGGUAACGUAGGAGGGGCCGCACUCGGUACCGACCGUGCGGAGGUUCAAGCCCGCAAGUUCUACUCGCAGCGCAACAUGUACCUCUGCGGAUUCACGCUCUUCCUGUCUCUUAUCCUCAACCGCACCUACACCAUGAUCCUCGAAACCCUGCGCCUCGAAGACCGUGUCAAGCUCCUCGAGGGCAACAAGCAGGCCGGUGGCAAGGACUCGGCUCGUCUUGCGCAGGCUGGUGACAUGGGCGAGAUCGGUCGUCUUAAGAAGGAGCUUGAACAAAAGGAGCGUGAUAUCGAGACUCUGAAGAAGCAGGCCGAGGGUCUGACUCGGGAGUACCACAACCUGGGUGACCAGGUUUCGGGUAACAAGGGCGACAACUCCGGUGAGAAGAAGGAUCUAUAA